GAACAUUAAGUGUCGACAGAUGACUAGUGACUAACACCCAAGUGUCAACAUGAAGAGUAGGAAUCCAUUGGCCCUGGGCCUGUUGCCUAUUGCCUUGGUGGUAGUCUUCAUUAUUUCAUCUACAAACUCCUCGACUAGUACAUCACCUCCUCAGACUGAUCAUUUCACAUAUUCAUCUACCAGUGAGGACAUGUCAUAUCACAACUCCUCUGACCACACCCCCAAUAAUAGUCAGCACGGGGAAUUACAUGGUCAUCACGUGGAGGUGGUAGAAAUCCGUUAUGAAGAAAUCCGUUCACCAUUUUUGUUCACGAUUGUUGUCUUAGUUGCUGUUAUUAGUAAAAUGGGUUUUCACUAUGCCAACAAACUAUCGUCCAUCGUACCGGAGUCGUGCCUCCUCAUCAUUGUUGGAACUGCUUUUGGAGCCAUCAUCUUCUUUUCGGGUUCCAGUGUUGAGCUGCAGUCCUUUUUCACCCCUGAGACAUUCUUCCACUACCUGCUUCCCCCGAUAAUCCUGGAGUCAGCUUUCAAUUUGUAUGACAGGACAUUCACAGAAAACAUCGGCAGUAUCCUGAUCUUUGCUGUGUUUGGGACAAUAGCGGCAUGUGCAUUUCUUGGGUUGUCCCUGAUUGGCCUACAGAUGACCAGUGCUAUGCCCUUUGUUGCUGAACCCAUACAGUUACUGGUGUUCAGCGCCCUCAUUGUCGCCGUGGAUCCUGUGGCUGUGCUUGCGGUGUUUAAUGAGGUGGGAGUCAAUAGAGUACUGUACUUCCUGGUGUUCGGGGAGUCACUACUGAACGAUGGCGUGACAGUGGUCCUGUACCAUGUUCUCCAGUCCUAUAACCUUAUCCUACAGGAGCGGUCAAUUAACGCGGAGGAUAUCCUGCUUGGUUUCCUGAAGUUUUUCCUGGUGUGUUUUGGUGGUCUGUCAAUCGGAUUGAUCGUAGGAGCACUGUCCUCUAUCCUCACCAAGUACACCAACAAUGUCAAAGUGAUCGAACCUGUGGUGGUGUUUGGGAUGGCCUACAUAGCGUUCCUCCUGGCAGAGAUGUUUGCCUUCUCAGGAAUUAUCAGUCUCAUCGCCUGUGGAAUAGUACAAGUUGCAUAUGCCUUUGCAAACAUCACAAAAAAAUCUCGGGUUACAGUGAAGUUCUUUACCAAGGUCCUGAGUACCAUCAGUGAGAUCAUCAUCUUCCUGUUCCUCGGAUUAUUUUUUGUACAAGAGCACAGCUGGAACACCGCCCUCUCCCUGUGGACCGUCCUCUUUAUCACGGUGUAUAGAUUUGGGGUGACAUUUUUAGCGUCAUCAUUGAUAAACCGGUUUGACAACUACAGAGUGAGAAAGAUCCGCUAUGAUGAAAUGUUCAUUGUGAGCUAUGGUGGUAUUAGAGGGGCGGUGUGUUUUUCUCUCGUGGCCCUACUGGACAUCAAAGACUUCCCGAUGAAGGACGUCUUCAUCACAUCAACCCUUUUUGUCGUCUUUUUUACUGUAUUUAUUCAGGGUUCCACUAUCAAGCCCCUAGUGAGGCUACUUCAGGUCAAGCUCGCCUCAAAAACAAAGGAAACAUCUAUGUAUGUUGAACUGACCGAGCAUGUAACUGACCACUUGAUGGCGGGGAUGGAAGACUUGAUCGGCAAGGAGGGGAAGAAUUCCAUGAGGGAGUGGUUCUAUCAUAUGGAUGAGAAGUAUAUCCGCAGAUUUCUGUUACGUGACCACAACCUUAACGAGGAGCAGUACGAGAUUCUUCAAUGUUACGAAAAACUCAUGAUGAAGGAGCAUUACAAGAACCUUCACCUUUGUGGAGCUAGCAAACUGCCAGCAGAUGCUUGUAAAAUGAGAAAUAUAGAUAGCCAUGCCCUGAUCCAGCAAAUAAAGAACAGUACAUCGGGGAAAGAUAAAGACUUUGAUGAACCGGAACAUGAGGAUGGUGACUCCCCAGCAGAUGUGUCAAGAGUGACAUUCACUUUGGAAGAAACUCCAAAUACACCCAAUGAAGCGAAGCACUUUUUUGAUAAACAUAUUCAGAGGCCAGUUAGCCAUAUGAAUGUGUAUGGUUUCUCCACUGGACUGCAAGCUCAUGAUCGAAUCACAAAGAACCGGCAAAUCACAGGGAUGAACUCAAUUCGAGAGCAGUGGAGUAACAAACGCAGCAAUAACUUACAGCUUCAGCGCAUGAGGACAAUCCGGAAAAUGCCAGAACGAGCUAUUUCAUGGUCUGAGGAGGAUGCGGAGGGGGCACAUAUGCGAGAGCAUCACAAACCUCGACAACGUGCCAUGACGAUGAAUAAUGACGGGUCAUCUAUUCCGACCAAUCACAUGUUCAAUGAGCCUAAGAAUACCGUGAUUGAAAUAGAUGAAAAUGCCGUAUUUGAGGGUACAGAAGAUGAACCACUUAUGGACGAUAAGGACAACAGUGGUAAGAACAAUACUAAGGGGGACGACUCAGGUUCUGUUCCAAAAGGUGAUUCUAUUGAUCGGCAUGGACAACUUACAAGGCAGGGAGCUGUGGCUGUAGAAGACAUACCUCUAAAGCCUGUUGGUGACCUCCAGCGACAUCAUUCCUUAGACUGAACGACUGAGGGAAUUUUUGUCCAGGUUUAUCUGAUUCUGGGAAAUGUGAUUAUAUAUCAACUGAUAUGAUGGGAGCUUGGCUGGAUUUUAGAUAACUUAAAAGUUCAGAUAUGUAGCAUUGGAUAUAUUCCUUCCUUCUGACUGUAUAAACUGAUGAGGGCUAUUCCAAAAUGAUCUGUGUGGGAGGGGUUGGAGGCACAUUCCAAAAUGAUCUGUGUGGGAGGGGUUGGAGACACAUUCCAAAAUUAUCUUUGUGGGAGGGGUUGGAGACACAUUCCAAAAUUAUCUUUGUGGGAGGGGUUGGAGACACAUUCCAAAAUUAUCUUUGUGGGAGGGGUUGGAGACACAUUCCAAAAUUAUCUUUGUGGGAGGGGUGAGAGGCACUUGUAUUUAAAUUUGAUGGGUGAUGGGGAUAAAGCCCCAUUUUUCUAGUAUUCCUUAUAAUCUUUAUGUUCUAAUAUUUGAUGGGUGGUGGGGACCUCCCACCCCUACCACAAGGAUAAUUUUGGUACAACCCUAAACUAAAACUCAAAUGAUGAAAUUCAAUCUAAAGUUUAAGUGUUUAUAAUAUAGAUAGCUUUGUUCUCGCCAUUUCACCAUGUUUAUAUUUAAUACUACCCGGUAAUGGUUUGAUUUUAUAACCUGUGUUCAAUAAUUAAAGAAGAAUAAUGUUAUAAUCGACAAGUUCAAAGUCAAACUUGAGACCUAGUCUGUUAUGGUUAUGCCAGCAUGAAGUUUUUUGUGAUUAAUUUUUCUCUAACAGACAGUUUUUAUUAAGUAUUUUUAUAUCAACAUCAUGUUUGAACUGUAUAUUUUCCAAGCAUUAGAUAUGUUAAGAAUAUUUUCAAGUAAAAAAGAAAUCCUUUCAU